CUAUAGCAAAUCUCCAUGGCAAUGACCCUAAUCAGCGAAGGGGGGAUGCAGGGGGGACGCAUGCUCAGAGUGGCUGCUGGAGCCUCGCCUGCUCGCUACAGCUGCUCCAAGGGUCUGGCACGCAGGCGAAGAGAAAGAUCAGGCAGGGAAGAAAGCUUGAAUUAUUGAUGAGAGUAAUGGCGUUGCUGUCUGUCUGGAGCGUGAUGCGCGUGGCGAUCCCGUUCAUCUCGGUGGUUGGCCUGCUAAGCGUGAGGCUUGCGGGAGCCAGCCAGGACUCUGGGAGUGUCAUUCCAGCAGAAAGUCGUCCCUGUGUUGACUGCCAUGCGUUUGAGUUCAUGCAGAGGGCGUUGCAGGAUUUAAAGAAGACGGCGUAUAAUCUAGACACACGGACAGAAACCCUCCUCCUGAGAGCAGAAAAGAGAGGCCUGUGUGACUGCUUUCAUGCAAUACACUGAAAUGAGCACUGGGAUUUGGCCAAUGGACAUUUAUUCAUUUUUAAAAUGCUCUUCAAUAAGUUACAGGAAGAUUCAGAGUGGAAGUUGUGCCGCACUGCAAGGAAAACAAUUUUUAUCCAAACAGGUACUGCUCAGUUAGAUCAGUUUUGCUUUGAUGUGUUUUAUCAUUACUGUAUGCGAUAUUGCAACUGCUGAAAACGUCAACAGAAGAAACAGUGCCAAAGUCUCAUUCAUGGGUUUUAUGCAAGGAUAGCAUCUCACUUUUCUGGUAUUUCAAGCCAAAAUUGUCCUUGGACUCUCAAGCCAACCCCUCAGCGCAUGUGAUUUGCCACAGAUCUGUGAAAGUCAGUGAAGUCAAAUUGUUUAAUAUAUUUAUGGUAGGACGUGUCCUUAACAUGAAAAGGAAGCGGCUUUGCAAUAGUACAUAGCUAAACAUUUACAAAUAAGCAGUCAUGGCUUUAUAUAGAAAUGAAUAGUUGUCACUGACUGCUUGGCAGUCCAAGGAAGGUAUUUGUUCCCAAUUGUAUCAAUAGUCCUGUACACAGCAAACACAGUAAUCUGUAUCACAGUUUUAAUUUCUUCAGAGCCACACAGUAGCUGUGAUCUUUUUGGAGAGAUUUAUUAAGUAUCUAAUGUGAUCAGUAACAUUUGUAAUCACAUGAAUACCGCCUGGCAAUUGAACUGAUUGCGUCUGCCAAAAUCUUCUAGAGAAGUGUCUUUCAUUAAGCAAAUCACAUACUGGAUUGAACCACUCAAACUGGCCUCUACAGAGAGCGUUGGCAGGGAGCCUGCAGAACGCCUGCAUGCCCAGGAGUCUCCUGCAAACUGUAUUUUGAGAAAUAUUUAUGUUCUUCUAAAAUGGGCCAUAGCUCUUGCAUGGACUUUACACUCCAUAGUGGUGGGUUACAGUGCUGAUACUAUUAAUAUUCCUGCUGCAGUCAGUGUGAGACAAUUUAGGCAGUGUAGUAGUAGUAGUAGUUAAAAUUGCACCUUGCUAUUCUUUGAAAAAGAAUAGCAAAUCCUUUCUCUUUUUUUUUUUCUUUUUUUUUUUUUCCUUUGUUUGGGGAUGGGGGGUGGAGGGUAGGGGUGGGGAGUAGUGGGAAGAGCAGAAAAGGGCCCCAGUGGAAAGUUCUUGUAGAUAGUAAUAGAUUUUUUUAUAGUGCUUAAAAUGUCAUCCCCAAAGUAUAAUUAGUAGAGGUUUGUACAUCAGCGAGAGCAUCUAUCUAGAUGCUAUCUAGAAACUUUUAUACAAACAAGAGUAUGGGAGCAGUAUCAACAGCUGUGGUUUUCAAAGUCCUUUGAAAUCCUUUUCCAGUUCUUAUUAAUAUGCCUGUCUUCCUAUAGGUGGCUGAUAUUUUGGUGUCAGGCUGCUCAGUAAGUUAUGACGGUAGCUACCUGUGCGUUUCCAAGCUGCUUCUCUCCCAUUUUAUCUACCACAGUAGGAACAGGGAAAUAGGGAACGGUGACCCACUGCCAACUUAGUAUUUUGCGUGCAGUCAUACUCAGUAACACAAAGGGGUGUAUUACCCUACACUCUGCCAAAGUUGUUUGAAAGGCGUGUGGUUCUCAGCGAGGAAAAGCUUCCUUGCACCUGCAUUUCAAGUAGGAAAUUUGCUUUGUCCUUUGUAGUAUUCCAGAAAAACACUUUAUAGGUCAUCAGGACCUAGUUUGUAUAAAAGAGAGGCAGCAUGACACAGCAACACAUUGCUUCUAGUAGCAUUACACUCCACUGUAGCACUGGUAACUGACUGAUGGGAAGCAAUAGAGGUUCUUAUCAUAGACUAUAUUUUAUUUUACAGAUAAAACGAUAGGUUUAGCACAACUCCUUUGCAAAAUGCCAGCCUCGGGUUACUUUACUCCCGCUUGGACUUGUACCAAAGUAAUACACAGAUUUUGAGGUGGCUUUUUGCAGGAGGUGGAGUUCCAGCACCGAACCUGUGAAUUUUCCAGCACAGCUCACCUUUUCAGGGGGCAGCACAUCUAUGGUUUUGUAUUGCUAUUGUGCAUGCUUAUUCUACAUAUACCUUAAAGAAUCUUGCAAAGUCCUGUUAGCAAGCACUGUUUUUUGACUGGUUUUAUUUAGAAAAAUGGUUGCUCACAGUUGAGUUUUGAUAUAUGCAGCUUGUUACAUUAAAAAGGUGGAAUGAAUGACAAGUGGAUGUUCUCUGGCUCCCCAAGGGAUCAGAGUGACACUGCAACUUUACAGUUUUGAUAGCAGUGAUUAUUCUGUAUGUACUCUUCUUUGUCUAUAAUACAAUACAAUAAAAAGGCAAGAUGCAUUAUAGUA